CCGACAGCACUGAGGAAAGCAAGGGACAGAAAGUGCUUCAGAACUGCCAGCAGCAACAGAGGAACUUGACAAAAAGCCCCCCUCAGUGCGUGUGGCUGUGUGCUUAGGAUUUCUGUCAAUGCAUUCCAGUAACCCCAAAGUGAGAAAUUCCCCAUCAGGAAAUGCCCAGAGUAGUCCCAAAUCAAAGCAGGAGGUGAUGGUCCGUCCCCCUACAGUGAUGUCCCCAUCUGGCAACCCCCAGCUGGACUCUAAAUUCUCCAACCAGGGUAAACAGGGGGGCUCAACUGGCCAAUCCCAGCCCUCUCCCUGUGACCCCAAGAGUGGGGGCCACACACCAAAAGUGCUCCCAGGACAAGGAGGAAGCAUGGGGUUGAAGAACGGGGCUGGCAAUGGUUCAAAAGGGAAAGGAAAGAGAGAGAGGAGCAUUUCAGCGGACUCAUUUGAACAAAGAGAUGCUGGGACUCCCAGUGAUGAAUCUGAAAUCAAAGAUCUUGGCUCUGCUGACCAUGCAAAAUCACAAGAGUCCCAGCAUACUGCACACUCCUUGGCUCCUUCAAAUGCCUCAGCCCCAAGAUCUUCCACGCCUUCUCAUGGUCAGGCGGCCCCUUCAGAGCCAGGUAGUAUGCAGAAGACUCCAUCCAAAGUGGUCUAUGUCUUUUCAACAGAGAUGGCUAAUAAGGCUGCAGAAGCUGUGCUGAAAGGACAAGUGGAAACCAUUGUAUCUUUUCACAUUCAGAACAUCUCUAACAAGGUGGAACGAAACACUGCACCUUUGAACACUCAGAUUCCACCACUUCGAAAUGAUACAAAGCCCCAAGCUCCAUCGCAGCUGCCUGCUUCUCAAGAGCAGACUCCUCCCCAGAAUGCCAAAAUGCAGCAGACUCCACCCAUUCCAGUGCCGGCACCAGCACCCAAACCUACUGGCCCUCCAUGUCCUAUUGAGCAGGACAAUCCUGGAUUAGAAAGUAAAGUGAUGUCAGCAGGAAGUCCUGCAAACUCCACCCCUCUACAAACUGAAGGAUUUGGGCAAACUUCAACCCCCAGUAAUAGAGCCGUUAGUCCAGUUUCCCAAGGAAGUAACAGUUCCACAGCGGACCCUAAAGGUCCCAACCAGCAGGUAUCUGGUGGGGACCCACCAAAUAUGGGUGAAAAUCCAGAUGGACUGUCCCAGGAGCAGCUGGAGCAUAGAGAACGUUCCCUGCAGACUCUGCGAGAUAUUCAGCGUAUGCUUUUCCCAGAUGAGAAGGAGUUCACUGGAGGCCAAGCUGGGCCUCCCCCGCCCAAUUCUGGAGUGCUGGAUGGUCCCCAAAAGAAGCCUGAAGGGCCAAUACAGGCCUUGAUGGCUCAAUCCCAAAGUUUAGGUAAAGGGCCAGGACCCCGGACAGAAGGAGGGGCUCCCUUUGGCCCUCCAGGGCACCGAGACAUGCCCUUCUCACCAGAUGAAGUUGGGCCACCAUCCUUAAACUCUCAGUCUGGUCCUAUAGGACCAGAGCACCUGGAUCACAUGACCCCCGAGCAGGUGGCCUGGCUGAAGUUGCAACAGGAGUUCUACGAAGAAAAGAGGAGGAAGCAGGAGCAGGUUGUACAGCAGUGUUCUUUACAAGACAUGAUGGUUCACCAGCAUGGGCCUCGAGGAUUGGUCAGAGGCCCCCCACCUCCAUACCAGAUGACCCCAGGUGAGGGCUGGGGUCCUGGGGGCCCAGAGCCCUUUCCUGAAAGUAUGACUAUGUCCCAUUCACUGCCCCCAAGGGGUAUGGCCCCCCAUCCCAAUGUGCCUGGUGGUCAGAUGCGGCUGCCUGGAUUUGCUGGAAUGAUAAACCCUGACAUAGAGGGUCCCAAUGUCCCAAACGCCACUUCUAGACCCGGGCUUUCAGGUGUCCCUUGGCCGGAAGAUGUGCCAAAAAUGCCAGAUGGCCGAAACUUCCCUCCUGGGCAAGGUGUGUUCAGUGGGCCUGGGCGAGGGGAGAGGUUCCCCAAUCCUCAGGGCCUGCCUGAGGAGAUCUUUCAACAGCAGCUGGCAGAAAAACAGCUAGGACUUCCCCCUGGCAUGAGCAUUGAAGGCAUCAGGCCUGGCAUGGAAAUGAACCGGAUGAUUCCCUCUCAAAGACACAUGGAGCCCGGCAAUAACCCCAUCUUCCCACGUAUGCCGGUUGAAGGGUCCAUGAGCCCCUCCAGGGGAGAUUUCCCCAAAGGGAUGCCACCUCAGAUGGCAGCUGGUAGGGACUUGGAAUUUGGGAUGGGCCCUGGUAGCAUGAAGGGGGAUGUGAAUCUGAAUGUCAACAUGAGUUCCAACCCACCAAUGAUACCUCAGAAGAUGAGGGAAGCUGGAGUGGGCCCGGAGGAAAUGAUGAAAAUGCGCCCAGGUGUCUCGGAGAUACUCCCCUCGCAGCAGAAAAUGGUGCCCAUGCCAUUCGGUGAGCAUCCCCAGCAGGACUAUGGAAUGGGCCCGAGACCUUUCCAUCCUAUGUCUCAGGGCCCAGGUGUUGGUCUCCGGAAUCACAGAGAACAAAUGGGGCCCGACCAAAGGACUAACAACCGGCUUAGCCACAUGCCACCACUACCUCUGAAUCCCUCCAGCAACCCAAACAGCCUCAACACAGCUCCUCCUGUUCAACGCAACCUCGGACGCAAGCCCUUGGAUGUUUCCGUAGGUGCCAGCCAGGUUCAUUCUCCCGGCAUCAAUCCACUGAAGUCCCCCACCAUGCGCCAGGUCCAGUCUCCCAUGCUGGGUUCGCCCUCCGGGAACCUCAAGUCUCCCCAGACUCCAUCCCAGCUGGCAGGGAUACUCGCAGGGCCGACUGCAGCAGCUGCUGCUUCAAUCAAAUCUCCUCCUGUUAUGGGCUCUGCUGCCGCUUCUCCUGUCCAUCUCAAGUCUCCGUCCCUCCCUGCACCUUCUCCUGGAUGGACUUCAUCUCCAAAGCCCCCACUGCAGAGUCCUGGAAUACCCCCCAACCACAAAGCGUCUCUUGCCAUGUCUUCACCAGCCAUGAUGGGAAAUGUUGAAUCAGGUGGUGCACCCCCUUCAACGGUUAGCCAGGCUGCUCCUGUGACUCUUCCUGGAAAUCUUCCUUCUAGCAGUCCAUACACAAUGCCCCCAGAGCCUACUCUCUCUCAAAAUCCUCUCUCCAUCAUGAUGUCCCGGAUGUCCAAGUUUGCAAUGCCCAGUUCUACUCCACUCUACCACGACGCUAUCAAGACUGUAGCUUCCUCAGAUGAUGACUCUCCUCCAGCACGUUCCCCAAACCUGCCACCUAUGAACAAUCUUUCGGGAAUGGGCAUUAACCCCCAGAAUCCUCGCAGUUCAGGUCCCAACCAGGUGGGCCCGAUGCCAACUCUUAGCCCAAUGGGAAUGACGCAGCCUCUAACUCACAGUAACCAGAUGCCCUCUCCAAAUGCUAUGGGACCCAGUAUACCUCCUCAUGGGGUCCCUGGCCUGAUGUCACACAAUCCAAUGAUGGGUCAUGGUUCCCAGGAUCCACCAAUGGUACCUCAAGGACGCCUGGGCUUCCCACAGGGGUUUCCUCCAGUACAGUCCCCUCCCCAGCAGGUGCCAUUUCCACAUAAUGGACCGAGUGGAGGACAAGGCAACUUCCCAGCUGGAAUGAGCUUCCACGGUGAGGGACCUCUGGGACGUCCCACCAGCAUGCCCCAAAGUUCAACGGAUCCCGCACUUUGCAAGUCUGGAGGUCCCGGAGGACCCGAUUCUUUCACUGUCCUAGGAAACAACAUGCCUUCAGUUUUUACCGACCCGGAGCUGCAGGAAGUGAUUCGCCCUGGAGCUACUGGAAUACCAGAAUUCGACCUGUCCAGGAUUAUUCCAUCAGAGAAGCCUAGCCAGACACUACAGUAUUUCCCUCGUGGGGAAGUACCGGGCCGCAAGCAGCCACAGGGUGUUGGGCCUGGGUUUUCUCACAUGCAGGGAAUGAUGGCAGAACAGAAUCCGAGAAUGGGGCUGGCAUUAGCUGGCAUGGGGGGGCCGGUGGGCGCACCUGAUAUUUCUCUUGGAGGAGCGUCAUCCAUGCCAGGUCACAACCCAAUGAGACCUCCUGCCUUCCUGCAACAAGGCAUGAUGGGACCUCACCAUCGGAUGAUGUCACCAGCACAACCAACCAUGCCUGGCCAGCCCACUCUAAUGAGCAACCCAGUAGGCAUGAUUCCAGGCAAGGACCGCGCUCCUACUGGGCUCUACAGCCACCCGGGACCUGUGGGCUCACCUGGUAUGAUGAUGUCAAUGCAGGGCAUGAUAGGACCCCAACAGAACAUCAUGAUUCCUCCACAGAUGAGACCCCGGGGAAUGGCUGCUGAUGUAGGAAUGGGAGGAUUUAGCCAAGGCCCUGGAAAUCCAGGGAACAUGAUGUUUUAAGCUGCUACAUAAGACUGGAUGGUUCGAUCCUUGUUGAGAUGAGAUUCCAGGUCCUGAGGGCUGCCUGAGAGCUCCAGGAGCACAGUUUGGCCAUGCAAUAGGUAAAAAAACAGACCAGAGGAUGCUUUGGGAAAUCUCGAAUGUAUGGAAUUACCUGAAAACAAAUGAAUUCAUUUUAACAGGUUGUUUUUUUAAAAUUUAUUUUUUAAAAAUUAUUUUUGUGUACUUGGAUAUCCUGUGAUGGCACCUGCUUUGAGAAUCUGUAGCUGUAUUUUGAGAAUUGCCAUUUGUCACAAGUUGCACCAUUCUCUCUGUAUGUUUACGUCCUUUGGACUGGCUUCUCCCAGGACUCUUGGUUAUUUUGGGGGGGUUAUUUUUGUGUACUGUACUAUAUUGUAAAAGGGAUUUUAGCAGAGACUUUAGUCUUUGGGGUGAGAGGCUGUUUACUUUUAGGUGGAAAAUCCAUCUUCAGAACUUUGGACUAUUUUCCUUCAACUCCAAUGUAUAGAAAAACCAAACUACGACCUCAGAGCAGAGUAUUAAUGAAAAGCACAAAAGGAACUUAAGUUCAGUGAGGGGGAAUCUUAAAAAAAAAUAAGUUAAGGACAUAUUUUUCAAAUUAUGGAGUGCUGUCAAGCACCUUUGUCUCUCCCUCCCACUCUUAAAAAAAAAAGGCAUCUUGCCCCCCCUCCCUUACUGUCUCCUCCUCUGGCAGCUGCAAUACAUUGUAUUAUUUUUGGGGAGUAUAUGUAGGAGAGCCCCUUCUCAUUCUGAGAGUGUUGCUACUUUCAGGAGGAGGCUGGACUUUGACACUGUUACAUUCUACAGUAGUCUUACUGUUCGUUCUCCUUUUCUUAGGACCCCCCCCCCCCGGUGACUUUAUUAAUGUGGGAGUGGAACAGACACUAAAAGUUAUCCUGACCUUUUUUGUGGCUAUCUUUUUUUUUUGUUCCCCAGCGUAAAACGUUCUCUGUGUAACCUCCAUUAAAUUUGGUACAAAACCACUUGCCAGGGCUGUGGUGUCAGAAAAAUAAAAUAUAUUGUUUCUUACAAAA